CUCAACCCAUCCAUCCACGGGGUCUAUCAUAUGGAUAGUCUAUCACUAUCAUGACCACUAUCAGCAUGCUUUCCUAGCUAUUCUGACCCACAAUCCUCUGCGCAGCGGAAUAUGCGUCAUAUCGACUGAGCCACAUGGAUGUAUUAUAAGAGUUCUUAUAAUACAUCCAUACUGAGCCACCGAGAGAGCUCAGACGAAGAUGCUCUAUUACUCAACUUUCUGAACGACAGACCAAUGACAGCGCAUUAAUAGUACAGCGACGGAAGCCGCAAUGACAGAUGAAGUAGUCUCCUCAGCAGAGACAGAGGGAGAUCACUGCGACCUCAUUAUCAUGUGCUGAGGAUCACUUUGUUGUGAGAGGUGUUUGACAGUAGCAGACAUGAAGGCUGGAGUCAGGACGGGAGUUUUAUACAGAGCUGCAGCUACCUGCAUCCUGACGCUGUGUCUCGGCUGUUUACAUGUGAUCGCCCUCAAGUCAAAGCUUUUCACCAGGCACGGUGGGUUAUCUUACUCCACUGGGACCCCCAUCAGCUAUAAAACACUUUACUUUGACCAGAAGAUUGAUCAUUUUGGAUUCCUAGAGGAUGGCACCUUCAAACAGCGAUACCUUGUGGCUGACAAACACUGGCGUAUGCCGGGAAGUCCCAUUUUGUUCUACACUGGCAAUGAAGGAGACAUCGCCUGGUUCUGCAACAAUACUGGCUUCAUGUGGGAUAUUGCGGAGGAGUUGGGCGCCAUGCUGGUUUUUGCAGAACAUCGUUACUAUGGAGAGUCUCUGCCAUUUGGACAAGACUCUUACAGUGACAGCAAACACCUGAACUACCUGACCUCAGAGCAGGCCCUGGCAGAUUUUGCAGUAUUGAUUCAGAACCUGAAGAGCACUGUACCUGGAGCUCAGAACAGCCCUGUCAUCGCUAUCGGAGGUUCUUAUGGAGGGAUGCUCGCCGCCUGGUUCAGGAUGAAAUACCCCAAUAUCGUUGUCGGAGCUCUUGCAGCCUCCGCACCGAUAUGGCAGUUCCCUGGUAUGGUGCCAUGUGGAAACUUCUACAAAAUAGUAACACAGGACUUUGCCAAAAGUGGCCAUAAUUGUGAUGUAAACAUCAGAAAGUCGUGGAGGGCUAUUAACAAUGUCUCUUCCACUGCGUCUGGUCUUCAGUGGCUGUCAGAAGAAUUCAGUCUAUGCACUCCGCUUAAAAACACAAUUGAUGCUGCCGGCUUCAAGAACUGGCUCCAAGAGACUUGGGUGAAUCUGGCGAUGGUGGACUAUCCCUAUGAAGCUAAUUUUCUCCAGCCGCUGCCUCGCUGGCCGAUCCAGGUGGUGUGCAAGAAUCUGGCUUUCGACUCCAUCGUGUCUGACCAUCAGCUGCUGCAAGGUGUCUCCCAAGCAGCGAAGGUCUACUACAACUACACCGGAAGUUCCUCCUGUCUCAACAUAUCUCAAACAGCAACCGGUAACCUUGGUUACCUCGGCUGGUUUUACCAGGCCUGCACAGAGAUGGUGAUGCCCAUGUGCACAGAUGGCGUCCAGGACAUGUUUGAACCGGAGGAGUGGAACUUCCAGGCCUUUUCUGAUGAGUGUAACGCCAUGUUCGGUGUCAGGCCUCGACCUGACUGGGCAGGCACAGUCUUCGGGGGGAAGGACAUCGCCUCUCACAGCAACAUUAUCUUCAGUAACGGUGGACUCGACCCGUGGUUGGCCGGCGGAGUGACUCGCAACAUAUCCAAUUCUGUGGUUGCCAUCUUGAUCCCUGACGGAGCUCAUCACUUGGACCUCCGCUACACUAAUGACAAUGACCCUCCUACAGUUCGUGCAGCCCGGGCGUUAGAGUUGAAGUAUUUUCAGGAGUGGAUCAAGCAGGCAAAAAAGACACGGCAUCACACCCAUAAUCUUUAAAAGCAGCAAAGUGUUACCUCACUUCACUUUAAAUCACUCCAGGAUUGCCUAUAGCUUUAUACUUGUUCCUUUUUUUAAUCAACCUUAGAGAUCCUUUUUUUUUAUCAUUAAAUUAUGAUGAUCACUUUGGAGAGUUUUUUAAUCUUAAUCAUCUAGUCAUGUUCAGAUCCGGGGUAUCAGACAACAAUUUUCUUUGACCUCAUUUGACACACUCCAUUUCCUAAAACCAAAUUAUAUGCCAAACUAUAAAUUUCCAGGUGCUUGGAGACAAAAAGGUACUUGUAUUAUCUGCAAAUGUUUGAUCUGUUUGUCGAGUAAAAUCUAUUUUUAUGUUUACUAUUGUAAUCACCAGUCUUUUGAUCAGCAUCAAAAGACUGAAUCAUCCUCAUUUAGUAUUUUGUCCCACAUGAAGUUUGCCAAAACCUAUUAAUGCUCAUCUGCCUCCAAUCUCUUGUUUCGUUGUUUCAGUCGUUGUGUUCAGGGCUACAUUCACAUCUUUAAUAAAAUUUUUUGUCAUUUGGUUUAAUAAUUCGAAUUGACACACUCUUGUUGAUUGGCCAUUGUUGUCACUCAGGUGUAUUUGUUCUUUAAAAGGAAUUGUAAAUUUUAAUAUGCUUAUUAACACUCAAAUAAGUCUCAGGAGAAAAAGUUUGACACCAAAUAUACAGUUUUUUUUAUGAAGAUUUCCACUGCAGUGAGUGUGAUAUUAAACUUCAUUUGUUAUUGUUCACAGAGGAACAGUGCCUUCCCCAUUUUUUUUAAAAAAGUUUUUACUCAUCUCUUCCAUUGAAUUUCUUCAAUAUGCUGUCAUUCCCACAAAACAAGUCUUCCAGUGAAACUGAUUAAAAAUACAUGAAUGACAUUGUCUCAAUAA